AUGACGCCAAGCAAAGAACCAAGACUAGGGAUGGAUGAAUCACAAAAAGAAACGAAGACACUGCAAAAGUCUCCAAUUGACCUUUUGUCUAUCCUACGACCGCCUUCACCAGAAAAGCGACCUGCAAUCCGCAGUCCACCUCUGACGCUUUCAAAUCCGGCAAUGGUUGCUAAACAUUCACCAUGUACUCUUCAUCACUCAAUAUUGCCGCCUAGACUUGCUUGUGAUCUAUUCUAUACAAUGCUGCACGCCGCACAGGGCUGGUCCCGCAACAAAUGGUGGCUUUUUGAUCGACUCGUUGAGUCCCCUCAUCGGACAUCAUUCUUUGCUCGAUUAGAAGGAUUUGAUAUAGAAGGAGAUCCGGGGGAGACAUGGAAGGAGGCAGCGCAAUUCUGGUACAAUGGUCGGAAGACUGACUCCCCACAUCCUUUCCCAGAGGAGAUGGAAGAGGCGUGUAAAUACGUCGAAAAGGUGGUGAAUGAGGAGCUUAAGAAACGUGAUCGAUUUUCUCUGGAAUGGGGUGGAAGCUCAGGCAAAGAUGGAUAUAUGUGGCGCGCCAACGUCGCUGCCUCAAACUGUUAUGAGGGUGCGAAGGAGAGCGUUGGCUUCCACUCGGACCAAUUGACGUAUCUGGGCCCUUACCCGACAAUAGCAUCUCUCAGCCUCGGGACUACAAGAACAUUUCGCCUGCGCGAGGUGAUACCCAGUUCAGAAUCAAAUGAACGUCAAGCACAGACCUUCAAUAUACCCCUUCCGCACAACUCUCUCAUCAUCAUGCAUGCCUCAACACAGGAACGCUUCAAGCAUUGUGUUCCACCACAGCCUACUAUUGACGUCUUUCAUCCCCAGUUUCCUCGACAAUCGGUCCCUGGCUCCUCAUCCUCUGCUCCCAGUGAUGAUAUCCGGAGUUCGAACUGCCGCAUCAACAUUACUUUCCGUUUCUAUCGCCCGGAUUUUGUUCCUUCAACGAUCCCACGAUGUAAGUGUGGACUGCCGUGUGUUUUACGUCCAGACAUGAAAGGCCGUCUCGACGAACGGGACGCCACUACCAAAGGUCUCGAGUCUAAAGGGGUCGAUCAUAAGGACACGGGGGACAAGAGGUCGUCUACCAAAGACGCAAAACAUAACAUCAGAUAUUGGUGGAACUGUUAUGCUGGUGCUCAGAAUGAGGGGAAGGGUUGUGGUAUGUGGAAAGUGAUGGACGUUAAUGCUGAAGGGAGAGGGCCUUUUGUGGGCGAUUGCAAGUCGCAUAUGGAUGAAGGUCAAAGCUAG